AUGAAGCAUCUUCACCCUUCUCCUCCUCCUUGUGUAACAUGGUCUUCAUCCAUUUCCUCCACAGCACCCAUAACCUGUUCGACGAAAUUCCCAACCGAAAACCAUCAGAAUUCCUCAAAGCCACUUCCAUCUUUUCGUGUCCAAUCGUUGAAGCGGUCUUCCAAGCCUUUAUCUCAAGGACUUCAGAAGGAUCCUAAAAAGGAUUUGUCACGCAUUCUUCGAACUGAAGCUGCUAUCAAAGGUGUAGAAAACAAAGCCAAGUCAUGGAAGCAUAAGCAACUCUGGCCUAAGGCUGUUCUUGAAGCAUUGGAUGAUGCCAUUAAAGGGUGUCAGUGGCAGAAUGCUCUAAUGAUUUUUGAACUUCUUCGAAAUCAAUACUGGUAUGAACCGAGAAGCCAAACAUAUACAAAGUUGUUGAUGAUGCUUAGCAAGUGCAAACAGCCUAAAGAGGCCAGUCAGCUCUUUGAGACCAUGUUGUUUGAAGGGCUUAAACCUACUGUUGAUGUCUUCACCGCACUCGUAAGGGCUUACGGUCAAAGUGGUCUCUUUCGUCACGCGUUUUCUAUUGUUGAAGAUAUGAAAUCAGUUGCUGAUUGCAAACCAGAUGUUUAUACAUAUUCUGUUCUUAUAAGUUGCUGUGCAAAAUUUAAUCGAUUUGAUUUAAUUGAACGAGUUCUUGCGGAUAUGUCAUAUUUGGGCAUUGAAUGCAACAAUGUGACGUAUAAUUCAAUAAUCGACGGAUAUGGUAAGGCUGGCAUGUUUGAGAAGAUGGAGAAUUCAUUGACCGAUAUGAUUGAAAACGAAAACUGUCAACCAGAUAUUUUCACGCUGAAUUCUUUGAUAGGAUCAUAUGGAAAUGGUGGGAAAAUUGAUCAGAUGGAGAAGUGGUACGAUGAGUUUCAACUAAUGGGCAUAAAGCCUGACAUAAAGACAUUCAACAUGAUGAUAAAGUCGUAUGGCAAAGCAGGCAUUUACGAUAAGAUGAAGACCGUGAUGGAUUUCAUGGAGAGGAGGUUUUUCACUCCGACGAUUGUAACAUAUAAUACUGUCGUUGAAGUUUACGGAAAAGCCGGAGAAAUUGAGAAGAUGGAUAAACACUUUAAGAAAAUGAAGCAUGUAGGAAUGAAACCUAAUUCUGUAACGUAUUGCUCGCUUGUCAGUGCAUAUAGCAAAGCCGGGCUUAUUGAGAAAGUUGACUCAAUCUUGAGGCAUGUAGAAAAUUCUGAUGUUGUUUUGGACACUCCCUUCUUUAAUUGCAUAAUUAGUGCUUAUGGUCAAGCUGGCGACUUAAAAAAGAUGGGCGAGUUAUUCUUGGCAAUGAGAGAAAGAAAAUGCAAGCCUAAUAGCACCACCUAUACGUGCAUGAUCCAGGCUUACAACACCCAAGGCAUGACUGAAGAUGCUAAAAAGAUGGAGGACAUGAUGAUUACUUCCAAAGAUAGCUUAGAUACUAAGUUGAUUGGAUGCUAG